UGACUUGUGUUCUUGGAUUUAAAGCGUGGUUGUGUCAUUGACAAACCUAAACAAGGGUCGUAUCCUUGCCGUCGUCCUUCCAGCCCAUAAUGGAUUACAAAUUUGCUCUAUGGCUUGUUCCCUCGGGACCGGAAGCUGAGGCACUACGCUAUUUUAUGGAAUUCCGACCAAGGCCUGAUAAACCAAGGAACGACAAACCAAAAAAUGUCAAAUCCAAAGAUGUCAAACCAAAGGACGAUAAACCAAAGAGAGACAAAUCAGAUGACGGAAAAUCAAAGGACGGAAAAUCAAAGGGCGGAAAAUCAGAUGACGGAAAAUCAAAGGAUGGCAAAUCAAAGGAUGGCAAAUCAAAGCACGGAAAAUCAGACGACGGAAAAUCAAAGGAUGGUAAAUCAAAGGAUGGCAAAUCAAAGGGCGGAAAAUCAGAGGACGGAAAAUCAAAGGAUGGCAAAUCAAAGGACGGAAAAUCAGAGGACGGAAAAUCAAGGAGUGAUAAGUCAAGCACUCACUCGAUAUCAUCUCGCUCGACAUCCUCCUACUUGAGACCUUCUUAUCCAAGGCCAUCUUACGACAGACCACCUCACUUCCGAUCAUCUCACUACGGACCACCUCACUUCGGACCACCUCACUACGGACCACCUCACUACGGACAAUCUCACUUCGGGCCAUCUCACUUCGGGUCAGGACCAUCUUACUUCGAGUCAGGACCAUCUUACUUCGGAUCACCUCACUUCGCACAACCUCACUUCGGAACCCCUUACCUCAGAUCACCUCAAUUACCUCACUCCAGAUCACGCUCCAGAUCAUACCCCCGCUUCGACGCUCAUAUUACCCUCGCCACUUUCUCAUGCCCGUAUCGCCCUAACACAUUUCAAUUGGUGCCUAUGGGUGCCAAAACGACUCCCGUGCAUUUCGAGUCCAUGGAGGUCGGAGACGACUACCUCAGCUCAUUAUCCAUCGUCGCUCAAAAGUCCAGCGAGCUCAUGCAGCUACGCGAUCGUAUUAUGGACCACCUGAAGGCGAACAACAUUCGAAUCUUGCCAAACCCUUCAUUUCCACGCGUGUCCUUGUUCUACCUAGAUGAAUCAUUCAAAGGAGAACGCUUGCUUCUUAGCAAACAACUGCGAGAGACAGGAAGAGUCCACGAAAUAAAAGGCGGGGAGAAAAAGAUGUCGCUGAAUUGUAGUGUGGAUGGUGCUGGGCCUGAAUUCGACGCCAUGCAAGGAUUUGAAGGAAUGGAAAUAUGGCUCGUUGAUUGUACUGAAGGAGUGGAAGAUUGGAGCGUCCUGGAUAGACGGUAUCUCAAGCCACGAAUGCCCAAGGCCAAGGUCUACGUGAAAAGAGGCGAUCCUUACAUGAAUAUAUUUGGGAGUGAAGGGCCUGAUCCUUACCAGGUCAGAGAAAUGGCGUCCUAUAUUCCGAGAUGGGGCGAACCCGGAAAUUCUGGUAUAUACGGACCAAUGGCACCGUAUUAUCCUCUGGACCCAAGAUAUUAUACGCAUAAUCACGCACAAUGGGAAGACCCGAGGAUGCGAGGCAAUAUGUAUCCAAGUCAGAACAGGUGGGGAUAUGGCUCCAACAUGAAUGCAUACCGGGAACUGGAAGGAUACUUUUGAGUCCACCGGCGGCAUUUGUGCACAUUACCUGA